UUGCUGAGAUGUUAAUGACAGUGGAAUUAUUUAAGGCAGGGCUGGAGAACGCAGUGUGACUCCUCCAAACAACCACAAAAGGCCAGGGUGGAUUUGCAGAGCUUUAGAGAGUCACUGCCAGCUGUAUGGUAAUGUGACGCAAAGCUCCAGUGCGUUCAACUCACGCGUGCACGCACACGCACACACACACACACACACACACACACGUCUGCAGCCAUAUGAUCCAUCAUUUCACAGAUAACAGCGAACAUGCUUUUUCUGACAUGCAACGUGCUAUGAGCUAUAACUGAGAAGACAUCACCAGUGGGCCACUUUUCACAAGAGCCUCCUGAUUAUAGUAGCCCCUGUCGGCAAACUAAAUUACAGAACAUACCUGUUAUGUAGAACAUAACAUUAUGUAUUCUAUUUUAUAGAAUAUGUACCUCCUAUAGAAUACCUGAUCAUCUGAAACACAAACAGCAUCAUGGCAAAUUCUAUACUGUUUCAAAGAUGAAGAAAGAAAAUCAGAUACAGUAAGGGUUCUACAAAAUUUAGAAGAAAGAAAGAAAGAAAGAAUGAAAGAAAGAAAGAAAGGCCCACAAUCUUGAUACUAAACUAUUGGCAUGUGUAAUGACAGAAGCCACAUCUACUUAAUUUGGAUGGAUGGAAGGUAGGAAGGAAUGGAGGGAAGGAGGGAGGGAGGGAGGAAGGAAGGAAGGAAGGGGAAAAGGAAGGAAAAAAGGAAGGAAGGCACAGAAUCUUGAUACUAAACUAUUGGUAUGUGUACUGACAGAAGCCACAUCUAUUUAAUUUGGAAGGAAGAAAGAAAAAGAAAGAAUGAAAGAAAGAAAGAAGGGAAGGAAGGAAGGAUGGAAGGAAUGAAGGAAAGCACAGAAGCUCUGUGUACUUAAUAUUUAUUUCAACUAAUAAUUUUCUAAACACUAUAACUUAGAUACUAAACUAUUUGUAUUUAAACUGACUUCAUGUUUUACACAUGAAAGAAAGCAAGCAAGAAAGAAAGAAAGAAAGAGAAGAUAGUUGGUGUGUGAUACUUUCAGUGUAAAGAAAGAGAAAAGAGAAUAUCUCCACGUUAUUGUGUGUAUUUGUUCACCGAUAAGUGUGUGUGUGUGUGUGUGUGUGUGUGUGUGUGUGUGUGUGUGUGUAAGGUCAGUGUUAAGGUGUGUUCAGCUGUUCGUGUAUUAACCCUGCACGUGUUUAUGCAGCGCUCUGCACUAUGCUACUGAACGUGGAUGUCUUUAAGCAGAUACACGAACACACUCAUCCACUGCACUGAGCAUUCCUCCAGCAUCUCAACAGGACCGAAUGCGCUUUGUUGAUCCUUUGACCCUCUUCGUGCACUCUCAGUUUGAAAUGCUGCUGGAAUGAUCGGACCCCCACCCCACAGCGCGCGCGCGUCUAUAGAAAGCCAUCAGACCGAGAAAAAAAAGAAGCAUCCUCUUAUAAUGAAAAGCUCUCAGGUACAUCUGCGUGGCAAUCUGCAGCUCCUCUAAACCGAAUCGCCCUCUCUCUCUCUCUCUCUCUCUCUCCUCCCCUCCCACUCACCCAUCCGCAGGGAUCUCGUGCUCCAUCUGAUUGGCUGGGAGGGGGACGUCGCUUUCAUCGUUUCGACUUAAAAACAGUGCAGCUAUGCCUUGGUGAUGAAAAGAGGCAGCUCGCGGAAAUAAAGGCGGAGGGUGGGGACCGCUCACUGUAGCACGGAAACGCCUAAACCACACAAAAAAAAUCCCGCGCACACUGACACGAGUUCAGUGCCAUCUGUCCAUCUGAAAGUGCCUUGCUUCUGUUUGCGAAGAUGCCCAGAGGAUUUUUAGUCAAGAGAAACAGGAAAGCGACGCCCGUGUCGUACCGGAUCCGCGCGGAGCAUGAGGAGGAACAGGAGCGCGAGCAGAUGCAGCGAUCGAGCGAUGCGCCUCAAUCAGCAUCUGCGUCCUUAGCAUUAGUUGCAUCAGCACCACCGCGCGCGAACAGUCUGAGCCACGCUCCCAAACCGGUGCGUUUCGGAAACCCUGAGACUGUGUGCCAGUCGAUGUACAGCCCCACGCGCCCUGUGAGCCGAGAGCACGAGCGCGUGUCCCUCGAGCGCCGUUUCGACCUCGGCUCGCCCGUCUCGGCGGAGUCUUUCCCGACGCUCAACGGCUUCGAAGCUCAGCAGCACCUCGCGUGCGCUCCUGUGGACCUAAAGAUCGGCACAAGCGACAGCAACCGGAUCGCUAGCAAACGAGCAGCGCCUGAGCCCGAGCGCAAGAGCAAACCGGCACCCAAAAAAACCAAAGCGAUCAGGAAGUUACAGUUCGAGGACGAGGUCACGACCUCACCGGUUCUCGGGCUGAGGAUCAAAGAGGGUCCGGUUGAGCAAAAGCCGAGCACGCGCUCCGGUGUAGACAAACCGCUUGGCGAGUUCGUGUGCCGCCUGUGCGGUGAGGCGUACGCGGACCCGUUCGCCCUCGCGCAGCAUAGGUGCUCACGCAUCGUGCGUGUCGAGUACAGGUGUCCCGAGUGCGACAAGGCUUUCAGCUGCCCCGCCAAUCUAGCCUCGCACCGGCGCUGGCACAAACCCAAGCAGCUGAACACGACGGGGAACGAUGGCACCGACAAGAAACCCCGCGCGCCGGACGACACGAAUAAGGAUGUGCAAGCUGAGCUCGAGCGAGAGCGCGACACGCCCAGCCCCGGAGCCUCCGAGUCGGGUUCCGGCUCCGAUUCAGACGGCAUGUACGAGUGCCAGCGCUGCGCGAGGAAGUUCAAACGCCAGGCUUAUUUGAAGAAGCACGUCCUGACACAUCACGCUCCGCUGAGUGCAAGUCGCGAGAGUCACGCGCCGUCACAAGAAACCGAGGCGAAGCGGCUGGAGCACGCGCAGGUGCCUGUGCAGGCGCCGCUGGAUUUGAGCGCGUGUCCUGUAUGCGGGGAGACUUUCCCAAGUCGCGUGGCGCAGGAGAGGCACGUCCGCGUGCAGCACGCGUCUCACGUGUACCCGUGCAAGCACUGUCCGGCUGCUUUCUACAGCUCCCCAGCGCUCACGCGCCACAUCAACAAGUGCCACCCGUCAGAAAACCGGCAGGUGAUUCUGCUGCAGGUGCCCGUGCGGCCCGCCUGCUGAAGAGCCCGCGUGCCUUUAAACAUUAAAGGGGGAAAAAAAAGAAAAGAAGAAAAAACAAAACAAAACAACGGCGCGUGCAAGGGGAAACGACACAGCUAUAGAGCCUCGCGCUUAAAACCUACACGAUCGUAGUUUAUCAGAAUUGAACAGUUGAACAACAAUUGAAGUGCACAGCGAAAAUAUUAGGUGUUCAGUUAACACAGACUGACGUACAGUGCGGAAUUAACACACACACACACACACACACACACACACUUUUAACACUUUCAAGACUUUAUUUAACACUCUUCAGUUAAGCAUCAUGCUAAUUCGUAAGAAAGUUACAAGGCUAGGGAUUUAUUAUGACUUAAUUCGCAUUAAAUUCUACGCAAUCGCACUCACGCAGAGGAUUUCUUACUCACUGUGUCUGAGCAGUGCAGUCGUGUUAGUUAAUACAACACAGUCUCAUUUCACAAAUAGUUAAUGAAACACUGCACGUGGUCAUGGCCUGGGAAAAGGUUUAGACCCCAUGCCCUAUUAUAUGCAUCAUUUAACUCAACUCAAUUUAUUUAUUUAUUUAUGCAUUUAUUUGUGUAUUUAUUCGACUCAUUUCGUAGUUUAAAACUACCAUUUUUUAAAAUGAUGCUAAACAAAAUCGAGUAAAAAAAAAAGAAGUAAAACAGCAAAGACAUGAAUGUGAGUGCAGUUAAAAAGAAGCUACAACUCAAAACUAACUCAAACAUCACAAUAAAACAGAUAAAUGAAUAAUAAAAAAACAAACAAUCAAGAAACAGCUAAAAAUGCUCUAGUAGCCAAACUAAUGCUGAUUAGUAGGUUAGUAGUUUCUACAGUCUUAUCUUUGGCUGUGGAUUAUUAUUAUUAUUAUUAUUAUUAUUAUUAUUUUAUUCUUAGUAUCACUAAUCGACUCGCAUCCAAAGCCUAGAAGGGUUUGUAAACUAGAAGGGUUGUAUUGUCGUAACCUUCAGGUUUGGCCUCAUCGCAGCAUGUAAAUUAUUUUGUGUUGCAAAAAAAAAAAAGUGAUUACAGAUUCCUCAUUUCAGAUUCCUCAACACAGAGGGGUCAGGCACGGUCGUAAACAUGGGUGCUGAAACCCCGCCUCCCUCUCCUCCGAACCGCCACUGGAAUGGAAAUCUACCUAUAUGACUUUAGCUUUAAUCUAGCUUGUGGAUCUGUGGACUUUAGCUUUUGUUCUCAGACCUUAAUAAUAAUAAUGAUGAUGAUGAUGAUGAUGAUGAAGAAAAGGUUUUAGCCUUCUAGUGUAGCCAGAAAUGCCUUGAAAUAGCUCACACACAUUCUGCUGUAAAACUGCCUUAAUCGUGUAAAUGUGGGGUGACUGAAUGUUUUAUUUAUCUUUUAAAUGGUACGCUUCUUAUUUUUAUAUCAUUAUCAUUCCAUUGUGUGUAUAGAUUCACACUGGCUUUAUUUAUCUAUGUAUUUAUUUAUUGCAAAUGUUUUAUUUAAAUUAUUUCAAUGUCCGAAUUAGGCUAGACACUUUGAAACGGCCAAAUGUUUAAUUUCAUUGAUUCAAUCAAUGCAACAUUAAGAAGGGGGAAGAAGUAGCCUAGGGGUCGCAAGACCGUUUUCCCACCAUUGUUAGGUAGCCUUACAAUAAUUAGCCUAUUCCCUAUAGGCCGAUUAGUUUCGGGGGAAUCAUUCAGUCAGUGCUUGUGUGUUUCUGCAGUAUUGCUAUGUGUCCAAAUAACAAUAAUGACAA